GCUGUUGGAUUUUCAGUCUUGCUGUCGAACUUAUUUUUGAAGAUGUGAGUUUUUGUGGGAGAGUAGCGUAUUUCUGUUUUAUUUGGAAUCAUCGUAACGCUCUAAAAUGGAUAGAUUCCACGUUCUCGAACUGAUUGGGGAAGGAUCAUUCGGUAAAGUGUUCCGAGGAAGGAGAAAACACACAGGCCAUGCCGUGGCUUUAAAAUUCAUUCCUAAAGCUGGAAGAGCAGAAAAAGAACUGAAAAGUUUGCGAAGGGAGAUUACUAUCAUGUCUGGUCUUAAACACCCCAACAUUAUUGAACUGUUAGAUCAUUUUGAGACAGAAAAAGAUGUCGUAGUAGUGACGGAAUUUGCGGAAGGUGAACUAUUUCAAAUUCUUGAAGAUGACGGAAAACUUCCUGAAGAUCAAAUCAGAUGUAUAGCUCACCAACUUGUUUCAGCUUUAUAUUAUCUACAUUCUCAUAGAAUAUUGCACAGAGACAUGAAGCCACAAAAUGUAUUGAUUGGAAAAGGAGGCGUCGUUAAGUUAUGCGACUUCGGUUUUGCCAGAGCAAUGAGCAUCAAUACACUUGUAUUAACUUCCAUCAAAGGCACACCGUUGUAUAUGUCCCCGGAAUUAGUCGAAGAAAAACCUUACGAUCACAAUGCUGACUUAUGGUCUCUUGGUUGUAUUUUGUACGAACUUUUUGUCGGGAAACCUCCGUUUUAUACAAACAGUAUUUUUCAACUUGUUAGCUUGAUUAUCAAGGAUGACAUCAAGUGGCCAAAGUCAAUGAGUGAUGAUUUUCGUACUUUCCUACGAGGGCUUUUAACUAAAGAUCCAAAUAAAAGAUUAACCUGGCCUUAUUUACUAAAACAUCCAUUUGUACGAGGUAAAAUUUGCAUCAUUGAAGAAGAUCCUGAUACAAAUAUACCUCUUACAAUCACUCCGACACAAGAAAUGCUUUCGGCAAAAGAAAAGAUGGCAAAAGAACUCAGUUCGAAAGGUGGUGGGUCUAAAAUUCUGAAAAAAGCUCGACAAAAGAUGGCAGCAGCGAGCAAAAAGAACGAAGAAAUUAAUAAGAAUACAAAAGCGCUCAAUAACUCAACUUCAAAAUCGAAAAUGGAGAGAAGUGCAAAUCUUCAGUCAUCCAAGACCUCUCAAAAGUCAUCUCUAGGGAAUAAAUCAAGUAACAACUUGAAAAAGACUGAAAGAUCGGCGUCGAAAUCAGCCAUGAGCAUGCAAGAUGUCACACUGGAUGAAGAUGAUGGUAUAAAUGACUCUGAUGAUGAUUGGCAGGAAAUCAUUGACGCUACUAAUCCUGACAACAUGCAGCUUACAACUCCAAUGACUCUCCUCAGUGACAAAGAAUUCCGGAAGAAAAUACUUGAUCAAAUGACUUCAGCAGAAGAAAAGAUUUUGUCAGCUGAUUUGAAAGCAGCCUCUCAACUUAGGUCACCAAUCAGAGUGAUAACAAAUUUAUUAACAACUAAAUGUGACGCUGAAAUAUUGUACAGAUUCUGUAAAAGUCUCGACAUCCCUGAUCGAAUUGUGCAACUAUUAACAAAAUUGAUGACUAAUUCCAGUAUACGUAAACAGCUUUGGUUCCCGCAACUUGCCGCGGAUAUUCUCGCACUCUUGACAGCGUACGCAGCAAGUGAUUUCAACAUUAAAAAUAUUGAUGGAGAGAGUAUACAAAAGUACGCAGAGUCCGCCAUUAAAAUUGUAUCUCUGAUAAAAUCAGUCCUCACUCCGACCCUUGACCCCCACCAUAGAGUCGAAGAUCAAGCUCUACUUUGCCUCGUGUUUAUUUGCGAAAGUUGUGACCAUGGGCAAACAAAAUUUGUCUGUGAGAAUGUAUAUUCUCAUAUUGUGGAGAGUGGAUUCCUCAAAAUUGUCUCAGAGGGAGCUAGUGAGUAUAUGAGAUGGAAACAGCAGAUUGAAUCUCACAUGACUGAGGGAGAUAUCUCCUCCAAAAGAGCGCAUGAAAUUCAAGCUUUAUAUAUGAGUGCUCUUGCUGCAUGUGUUUAUUCCCCUGUUGUUGGCUUUUUAACAAGGAAUUAUAAGCGAGUGGGUGCGACACAACUAGCACAGAUUGUACAGUCAGACCGCAGCGCUAUAGACAACAUCUUUGUCGGUAUUUCGGACCCAUCUACAGCGAUAAAUAUUUUGAAAAUUAUUUAUUCGUGCUGUCAAUCCAGCCAUGAUGUCUGCCGCUCGUUUUCUACUCCGCAGAAUUUGGACCAGCUUUUACGUCUCAUGCAAGGAAGAUUUGAGAUUGGUGAUGCUGCAUUGAAACAAGGUUUUGAAAUAACGUUAAACUUAUUGAGUGUUCUUGUCCAAGCCCAUCCAGAUACUCUAUUAGAACUUCUUAAAGAGUAUUUGUCGCUUUUCGCUACGAUUUUCAUAGAAUCUGAGGUUCCUACUCACAUUCUAGCAGCUGCGACGUUGAUUAACGAAUUGAGCAACAUUGGCGCGAUAUUCGAACUCAAUAUAUCAGAUUUUUUUGCAUCUGUGAGCAUGGCGGUCGCAAAUUUAACAGAAGUGGAUACUCUGCCACCGUACGAUCGUGGAUUACUGGAUGGCGUUGUAGACAUGAUAAAACAGUUAGUAACGGAGGGUGGGGACCAACCGGCCGCCCAAGAAUUUAUGGAGUGUGGAUCAUGGAAUGCACUCUGGCACAGGCUUGCUCAUUCUCUCCGUGUUGAUUUUAAUGACGGUGCUGAGACAGAGACGAUUCCAUCAGCGAGACCUGUGAAUCAUCCGGCACGUGAACAUGAUGUUUAUGAUCCAAUGCUGUUGUCACCAGAGGGAAUCUUGUCUUUUUUGCAUGUUGCAUUAGCAGUGUUCACUCUUGAACCAUACCAGUGUGUUCCCCUUCUUUCUGCAAGUGAUUCAGUAGUGGUUCUUUGCUUGUUAGCAUUAUUGGGAGAAGAAUUUAAAAAAUAUUUGAAUCCUACUGUGAAGACUCCUGUAUUGGAUGAAGAUUCAGAUGGAAGUAUACAUACUGAUAUUGUAUUACAGGUGCUGAGAUGUUUCUGCUUCCCAUUUGCAAUCGACACAAAUGAAAUGUUCCUACAUCAAAUAUUUGAAUGUCUUUGCGAAGUCAAUCUUAUUUCUAUAGUUUUGAAUCAAUGCAAGUGUUCUGUUCCAUAUGCUAGACUCGAUGUCCCUAUUGGACUGAUAUGCCGACUUGCUUUAAGUCACAAGCCAUGCCUUGAUGAGUUUACAUCUUGUCUUAGAGGGGAUGUAACAAAGAGCCUGGCAUCCAUUCUGAUUCAUGAAGAAACAAGGCCUAUCACUACCUGCGAUUUGUUGUCCUUAUUGGGGCACGUAGCAAGAAUGACCCCAGAAAAUGCAAAAUCUGUAAGUGACGUUGUUUUGAAGCCUUGCGUCUCCGAUAGCACUCCUGCUAUUCUUCCAUGCUUGAGUUCCACUGAUGUUACUGUACGCACAAAGUCUUGCAGUCUUUUGGGGAAUUUACUUCGGAAACAAAAUCAAGGCAUUAUACAAGAUUUGCCGUCGAAAAUUAAAUCUGAUAUAUUUGAAUCGUUAUAUCAAUGUCUCGCAGUGAGCGAAGGCAUGGUCAGAAGGUCCGCAUCAUUUGCGUUCGGUAAUAUUGCGUACAUGGGAUGUACAGAAAGUAACGGAGAUGGAAAUACAGCUUCAACUGUUAGCAAAGAUCUUGGCAAACAUUUGGAAAAAGCAGUUCCUCUUUUGACUAAUUUAUUGAAUGAUGCGACUCCGAAAACCAGAUCGAAUGUAUCUUUCACAUUAGGAAAUUUGUCCGACUGGGGCUCGUCACUUAGAGAAUCAAUACAAGAUAGCCAUGCCCUCAAAAGAUUGCUUGAUGUUGCAUUACAAGACAAUCAAAUGUGUGUCAAACAGGCUGCAUUUGUUGCACUUCGCACUGCGGCCUCGCACGUCUCGUUAAAAAAAGAUCUUCUGAAACAAAACGCUGAAGAAAAAUUGGUCGAAUUCGUUACCAACUCUGGACAGAAUCAAAGUACGACUCUUCCUGCAUCAGCGAGAUACGCGUUUUCACCAAGGAUGGUUUCAGCAAGAACGAGACCUUCAACAUAUUCUUCACAAUCUAAGGUUGUGAUAGAUCAUGCCAAGAAACUCAUAGAUGAGCUUAGAACCAGUGAAUAGUGCAUGGAAUGAUUGAGCAAGCUUAAAAUAUUACAAAGAAAUUACGCAACCUAGACAUUGUGCCUAGGUCUGAUAAAACAGUCAUUUGCUAGGAUAUACAACUUUGCCACUGUAACAAUGUUACUGUGCAUUUUUAACUUGUGAAUUUGUGUUUUUGGGGUGUGAUAAAACAGCCUUCUGCAAAGAUAGGUACAAAAUUUAUAAAUGUAAUAAUGACUGUGAAUUUCCAGUCGGUAAUUUUGGUUCACAUUACUAUGUUUGAUGAAGACUCGCACUUCUAGCGUUUCCCAGUCUUUUUUUAUGUUAGAUUUGGAGCUGGAAAAUUCAGUGACUGUAACUUUAACAAAUAUUUUCUUGCCCAACGCAACAUGGAUAAAGUCGACUAAUUUUUAGGUAAUUUAAUUAGGAAUUAACGAUUUUCUCUUGAAACCCACUCAAAACAGACUUCCCUGAUUGCUUAUUUUGCACGAUGAGGAUUCGAACAUUACUUAUGUAGCUUUACUACCAUGGGAUUUUGGGUCUGUAACGCUCAGGAUAAGUGUUCGGAAAGGUACCUAGAUAUCACACUAAUUAUUUUGACUUACCUAUUUUUAUAGAAUUCAUUUACUCCACUGUUUUGUUCUAUACUUCAUAUCAAAUUGUUUUAAUGUAGAUGUCUAUAUUUUGAUUGUAAUAAAUGUAAUUUUUGA